AUGGCGGGUGCUGGGGCACUGCUGGCGCUCGGGGGGCUCCUGGCGCUGGGGGGGGCAGGGGGGGGCGGAGAGAGGGGGGGGGAUGGAGCCCCCGACAUGGAAGCUCAGCUCCUGGCCUCAGAUCCGCAGCUCCCCAAGUGUUUCACUCGGGAUCUCCGAGAGCUGAUUUGCUUCUGGGACAGUGACGGAGACCCUGACCCCCAGCGCUACCGGAUGGAGUACCGGCUGGAGCAGGAGCCGUGGCUGGGCUGCCCCCUGUCGGCCGCGCGCCGCGGGCGCCGCUCCCGGUUCUGGUGCGCGCUCCCGACGGCCGCGGCCGUGACCUUCGUGACCCUGGAGCUGCGCGUGCGCGAGGCGGGAGCGGAGCCCGGGGAGCCCCUGCUGCGGCGGAGCGCGAGGAUAGAGCGGCUGGUGUUGUUGGGCCCCCCCGAGAACGUGACCGUGGGGCCGGGGGGGGGUCGGGGGCAGCUCUGUGUGCGCUGGGACCCCCCCCCCAACCCCUACCUGGAGCCCAGCCUGGUCUAUGAGCUGCUGCUGGGGGGGCCGGGGCUGCCCCCCCGCACGGUGGGCGUGGCCGCGGGGCGCCGGGAGCAGCGGGUGGGGCCCCUCCCGGGGGGGUCCCGGGUCUCGGUUCGGGUCCGGACGCGACCGGAUGGACUCAGCUAUGGAGGAUUCUGGAGCCCCUGGUCCAGAGCGGGGACGGCUCUGACACCCCCCGACGUGGACCCAGUGACUCUGGGGCUCUCCUGCCUCUUGGCCAUCCUGGUGCUGGCACUGGGGCUGCUGGGGCUGCUGGGACACCGCAGGAUGCUGCAGGAGAAGCUGUGGCCGCCGGUACCGGGGCCAGAGAGGGAGUUCGAGGGGCUCUUCAGUGCCUAUGGGGGCAACUUCCAGCUCUGGCUCUGCCAUGGGGUUGGGGCUCCCUGGACCCCCCCGGGGGGGGACCCCGAAGCUGAGGAGCUGCCGAGCACCGUGGAGGAAGUGGGGCCCCCCCCGGGCAAGGGCUUCGAGUACACGCUCUUUGACCCCGGCUCUGCCCUCCUGACCCCUCGGGGGGCCCCCCCCGAGGGGCCCCCCCCGGACCCCCCCCAUGGGGCUUACGCCAACGUGGCCCCCCCCAAAGGGGCCCCAUUCAAAUGGGUGGACGGGGACCCCCCCCCUGCUGAUGGGGCCCCCCCCACCUACGUGAUCUGCUCCUAA